AUGAGUGAUUACUCGAAUGAAAAGCCCAAGGGUAUUCCUCCACAACAGGAUAAGUACCUGCCGGACUAUACCAAUCUAGCUGUUUUCAGGCGAAAUACCCUCAAUACCCGAUCAUACUAUAUUCCUGACACCUCGAUUUCACUGAAUGGCACGUGGGAAUUCUCAAUUGCUGCUACACCUCUUGAAGCCCCAGAACCAACCCUGGCAAGAGAUCUUGUUUCCGAACAGAUUCAGGUACCUGGCCAUUGGCAAUUACAGGGUUUUGGAAAACCCUGCUAUACAAAUGUCCAAUUCCCUAUUCCGGUUUGCCCACCCUAUGUCCCCGUCGAGAACCCCACGGGGUCUUACCGCCGCACAUUUCGCAUUCCUCCUGCUUGGGACUCAAAUGACCAGUUAAGAAUACGAUUUGACGGGGUUGAUAGUGCGUACCACGUCUGGAUCAAUGGCGUACUUGUUGGCUAUGCUCAGGGCUCUCGAAACCCAUCUGAGUUUGAUAUAUCUGCCUUUGUCAAUCGGAAUGAUACAAACGAACUGUUUGUGCGAGUUUACCAAUGGUCUGAUGCAACCUAUAUUGAGGAUCAGGAUCAAUGGUGGCUUUCAGGAAUUUUCCGAGAUGUGUAUCUCAUCUCUUUCCCAUCUUGUCGAAUUGAAGAUUUCUUUAUCAAGACGAAACUUGAUAGUAACUAUGAGGACGCCAUUCUCAUUGUCUCCGUUAGUGUUGUUACCGAACAGUCCGCAACUCUUGAGGUUGGGCUUUCCGAGCUGGACAAAAAUGGAGGCGCCUUGGUCAAUUCCAGCAAGGUCGUCAUCGAUGAAAACACCGUGCAGCUUGAUGUAAGCCUUGAGAUCGACAAUCCAAAGAAAUGGACCGCGGAAACCCCAUACCUUUACUCAACCGAGAUAAUCCUGAGAUCUAACGAUUCCAAUUCUGUGCUGCACAAGGUCCAGCAUCGUAUUGGAUUUAGGGAGGUCGAGAUUAAAGAGGGACUUCUUACUGUUAACGGCAGGCCAAUUCGAUUUAAGGGAGUCAAUCGCCACGAACAUCAUCCUGUUUUAGGACGGUCUGUUCCUCUCGAGUUUGCGAGGAAGGAUCUGAUGUUGAUGAAAGCACAUAAUAUCAAUGCAAUCCGUUGUGCUCAUCAGCCGCAUGACCCAAAGGUCCUAGAUCUCUGUGAUGAGCUAGGCCUGUGGGUUAUGGCUGAAGCUGACCUGGAAUGUCAUGGGUUUUAUGAUGCUAUUGCGCGUCCGCUUAAUAUUCCUGAAGAAAUGGAUUAUGGAGAAAGGAAAAGGCUAGUAUUUGGUAAGGCGGCGCAAUAUACUUCCAAUAACCUGUCUUGGAAGAAUGCCUAUAUUGACCGCAUUCAUACUGUCAUCAAUCGCGACAAGAACCAUACUAGCAUUAUUAUCUGGAGUCUUGGCAACGAAGCCUUCUACGGAGAUAAUAUCCGGGCAAUGUUCAAGUAUGCCACAGAGUUCGAUCCGAGCAGAUUGGUACACUAUGAAGGAGAUGAGCAAGCCGAGACGACACAUAUGUAUAGCUAUAUGUACCCAAGUGUUGAGCGUCUGAUCAAGUAUGCAAAAGAAGAAGGCGUAAAAGAUGAUGGCAACUUUGAUAAGCCUAUUGUCCUAUGUGAAUAUGGCCAUGCGCUUGGCAAUGGCCCUGGCUGGUUGGAGGAUUAUGAGCAAGCUUUCCGCGACUUUCCUCGCCUCCAAGGCGGCUUUAUCUGGGAGUGGGCUAACCAUGGCUUAUGGAAGUCGUCUGGCUCUCAUGGCCGGGGAUACUAUGCCUAUGGCGGGGAUUUUGGCGAUGAGCCAAAUGACGGGCCAUAUCUGAUGGAUGGCUUGUUAAAUAGCGCGCAUCAGCCUACUCCGGGACUGAUGGAGUAUAAGAAGGUUAUUCAGCCUGUUGGCUUCUCUUUUGAAAACGGCAAGCUAAGGAUCGAGAACCGCCAUGAUUUUGUCGCCUUGAACUAUCUAUCAGCAAGUUUCAAGGUGGAACAUCUGGGUGAUGAGACGACGCUACUAGAUACAGGCUUCUUCGAAUUGCCAGAUAUCCCAGCCGGCAAUACUCACAUCAUACCUAUUCCCCUCAGCCACCGGCAAUAUAGGCGAGGAGAAACUUACUUGACAGUAUCAUUGGUACUUAGGCAGUCAACUCCUUGGGCUGAUGCCGGUCACGAAGUCGCUUGGGGUCAACAUCGACUUCAAGAUCAUCACCAUGAAGCUGAAGUAACCCUCAAUGAUGUCAGUAUGCCGUACCCCGAACUGCGCGUGUCCUCGGACCCUUCUACUAUCUCAGUUUCUGGAAAUGACUUUCUGUUCGUCUUUGAUCGAGCCCGUGGUGCAUUGAAGCGCUGGAUCCACGGUAAUGACAAGUUAUUGGACGCCGAUAUUCAGACCAGCAUAGCCACUGCCCUAUCAUUCUGGAGACCCAGUACCCUUAAUGAUACCCGUGCGUCGCUAUCAUACUGGGAGAGAUUUGGUGUCAAUAAGCUUGCGUCGCAGCUUCGUUCACUUUCGGUUGAUAGCUUCGAUCGCCACAAGAUUAUCCUCAAAGCGCACCUCUUCAUCACUCCACCGGUCCUGGACUGGGGUUUUGAUACAGAUAUGGAGUAUACUGUGCAUACAACUGGAGCUCUCAGUAUUAAGGUCACUCGCAUGUGUCCUACUGGGUCUUUUCCAGAAUUCCUUCCACGUAUUGGCUUGAACCUUUAUGGGACAAAGCUGCUGGACCAUGUAAGCUGGUUUGGCCUGGGACCAGGCGAGAGCUACCCCGAUAAGAAAAGCUCCCAGCGAGUCGGUAUCUGGAAUUGCGAGUCUAUCUCAGAGCUUCAGACUGCCUAUGAUAUCCCACAAGAAAAUGGUAACAGAGAAGAAGCCAGAUGGGUGACGUUCAGAGAUUCUAAAAUGUCCCAUGUCGGACUGCGCGUCACCCGACUAUCUGGGACACAAGAAAAUGAACACUUCAGCUUUACUGCAUCGCACUACAGAGAUACAACGAUUCAGAACGCUAAGCACCCGUCUGACCUAGUCGAGGAAGAUUGCGUAUUCAUCAGACUAGACGCUAGAGCCUCCGCUGUAGGAACUUGCGUUGGUAGACCUGCUAUUCGAGAGGAUUUGCUAGUUAAGACACAGGAUACGGCUUUCGGUUUCUUGUUGGAACCACUCUAA